UGACCUGCCGAUGAUGUAAAGUUCAUUUGAUUGCGAAGUAAACAUAAAUACUGGAUGCAGUGACGAAUAGACUAGUCUUAAGAAAACGCGCUAGGACUGAUCGGAAUUUUCCUACACGUGCUUUUGCUCUUUGGAAAUAUAGAUCUACAGUAUUUAACACUAGUUUCAAUAAGAUCGCUCAAAACGAGAAUUUGAAUCGACUUAAAUUUAAAAGUAGUAAGUGUACGAACUUUGAAGAUGGAGGAUUUUGUCGCAUCCAAAAACAUAAAAAUACCACAGACACUGGAUGACCUGAUAGCAGGAUUGUAUGAAGCGUUUUCUUCAGAUAGAGUUAAUGUGGAUUAUGUACACACACUGAUGAGUUUAUACAAAAGCAAUCCAACGGAAUGGAAAAAAUUUGCAAAAUUUGACCCACACAGGUAUACCCGUAACUUAGCUGACGGUGGGAAUGGCAAGUUUAACCUGAUAGUGUUAUGUUGGGGAGAGGGCCAAGGAAGCAGUAUUCAUUCACAUGCUGAUGCCCACUGCUUUAUGAAGGUAUUAGAUGGCCAGCUGAAGGAAUCUUUGUAUGACUGGCCUGAGGAAGAGGGACAACAUAUGCACAAGAAAGCUGAAAAUAUUUACAAGAAAAAUGGAGUAGCUUACAUAAACGAUUCUCUUGGUCUACACCGCAUAGAAAACCCCAGUCACUCUGACACUGCUGUGAGCCUUCACCUCUACUGUCCUGCCUUUGACAUGUGCCAGUGUUUUGACGAGAGGACUGGACACAAGCACAACUCCCGUGUCACCUUCUACAGCAAGUAUGGAGAAAGAACGCCUUUCUGCAAGUUCACGGACGCAGUGAAUGAUGUUAUGGGAGGCUACACAUAUGAUGGACACGUGCCAGAGAACAACUAGGCAUUAUCAUGGUGGAGAUUGCCCAGCUGCAGCUCCCUUCGUACUGAUGAAAUGUGAUCACACCAAAUUGUUGGAUAAAAUAAGAGUCACAGGUGACUCCUUGCAAAUAAAUAUGCCAUAGAUAAACCUUCACCCUGCAACCUUGAAGUAUAAAAGAGGAGAAAAUGUUUGUCAGUGUCACAAGAAAGGUUAUAUGCCAUUACUCCAAGGACAACUCAUGAAUGCCAUAUUAGAUUGAUGAGAAAAGUGGUUAUAUUGAAAAGUUUAUUUUUUAUAAGAUUAUGUGCCUGAAUUAUUAUGGCAGUUUAUAUGAUAAUGUUGUGAACAUAUAGUUUCUGUUAAAAGUCAGUUGUAAAUACGGAUUGCAUUCCUACUGACCCAGCUUUUUUGUUUAACAGGGCAGCUAUAUAUAGAAGAGUUCAAGAGGAAAUGUUUUCACAAGGCAGCAGUUGUGUAUGCUUUUAUUGCGCUUUAGAGAGUUGCCACGGGGAAUUUGGAGGAGGGGGGAAUGUUUUACUUUAUUAAUGAACUUGUGUAGUUAAGAAACACUUCCAUGCACAUGCCCACACAUGUACACACAGUUGAUAUGGUUUUAUAAUAAUGGUAUGAAUUUAUACAUGCAGUUAUGGAUGGUUUUUUGACCCAGUCUUGUCUUUUUAAAUAUUAUUUUUGGCAGUCUUCAAUAAUCAUAAGCACACAAGGCAACUGAAUAUGAAAACAUAUACAAAUGUAUUCACUUUUUGUUGAAUGCAAUUGAGUUAUCACUCUGCAGUUGAGUAGUCUUUUUUGUUUUAGUUACAUAGAAUUCUUAUAUACCAAAUGCUGUAGGAGGCGAACAAGUUUUUUAAUCAUAUUCAUUCCAAGUUGUAUAUGAUGAGUUUUGUGCCUUAUUGUUUAUGACAUGUUAGACAGUACGCUGUCGUGAUCAAGAUAGAAUAUGCAUUAUUAGGUAGUCACAGUUUUAGGUCACUCACAUAAUCCAGGAGGAUGGACUGCACAUACACUUGUUCAGUACACGCAAUAGAAAAACUGUAAAUUUUUAGAUCAUAUAACAUAUUGUACUGUUUAAGUUUAGGUAGAUGGAAUGUGUGAAAUUAGCACAGUAUUAAAUACUGGGUACUAGUCACGGUAGAGAGCAUGCAUCUGCUACUUCCUUACAACUAUAUGCAUGGCUGCACAAGGAUUGAAAUUCAUCACAAAUAUUUUGCCAGUUGGUGCCUUUUACAUGCGCAUAGUUAAUGGCUGUAAUCUUCAUUGAGAUUCAUGGCACUUUUGUAUAUGCCAACUGGUUUGAAGAGCAGUUUAGAUGUUCAGAAGAGAUUUUAUUGUAAUGAGUUUGUAAAUAGCAAAUAAAGUAGUAUUUGAAACUA